CUAAAGGAGCAGAUUAUGACAACAAACGUCUGGGUUCAACAGUUUUGGAAAGACUACAAGCUUCGAUGGGAUCCGCGGGAGUAUGGUGGUGUGGAUCUUCUCCACGUGCCUUCUGACCACAUUUGGAGGCCUGACAUUGUUUUAUAUAACAAUGCUGAUGGGAAUUUCGAAGUUACGCUCACAACUAAAGCUAUGGUCAACUUCCAAGGUUUCAUUGAAUGGAAGCCACCAGCAAUCUACAAAAGUUCUUGUAUCAUUGACGUGGAGUAUUUUCCUUUCGACGAGCAAACUUGUGUAAUGAAGUUUGGUUCCUGGACCUACGACGGAUUUAAGGUCGACCUAAGACAUGACAAGGAGGUACCAGGGACUAAUCUGGUGGAAAUUGGUAUCGAUCUUAGUGAUUUCUACCUGAGUGUGGAGUGGGACGUUCUGGAAGUUCCUGCAGUCCGAAACGAGAAAUAUUACACCUGCUGUGACGAACCUUACAUUGACAUCACUUUCAACAUCAGCAUGCGGCGUAAAACAUUAUUUUACACUGUCAACCUGAUCAUUCCCUGUAUGGGGAUUUCGUUCCUCACAGUGUUGGUGUUUUAUCUUCCUUCGGACAGUGGUCAGAAGGUAACUCUGAGCAUUUCCAUUCUGCUGGCUCUGACGGUGUUUUUCCUCUUGUUAGCGGAAAUCAUUCCUCCGACUUCACUAACGGUACCGUUAUUAGGCAAGUAUUUAUUAUUUACUAUGAUUCUAGUGACGCUUUCCAUAUGUGUGACCGUGGUAGUACUGAAUGUUCAUUUUCGCACAAGCUCCACUUAUCGCAUGAGUCCUUGGGUAAAACGUGUCUUCAUGCAGAUGUUGCCUCGACUUUUACUCAUGCGCAGACCAUCAGAUUCGGCCUCUGAGUCCCGCAAGGUUAUGAUUCGUACCUGUAACGGAACAGAACUUAAGGACUACAACUCUCAAAAUGACUCCUACAGUAGAAGACAAAGCUAUGACAUGGAAUAUGGGUCCGAGAAUAGCUACCCAGGAUGCAGAAUUCAUGGAAACGGCGGGCACGUGCACGCAGCAGUGCCCAAUCCGAUGAUGUCAGGUGAACCCAUGGUGCAAGAGCGUGAAAGAGGUCCAGGACUAAGAAGGCUGCACUUCUGUCCGGAAUUUGAAAGAGCCAUGGAGUCCGUGCACUACAUAGCAGACCACACGAGAAGAUAUGAAGAGCAUAUUAACGUAAAGGAAGACUGGAAGUACGUGGCGAUGGUUCUCGACCGACUGUUUCUCUGGAUCUUUACCGUUGCUGUUUUGGCGGGAACUUGUGGAAUUAUUUUACAUGCACCAACCCUCUAUGACAAUAGGGAACCUGUUGACGUCAAACUGUCAGAGGUUGCCAUGGCAACAAGACAUCAUCAUCUACCUCGAUCGUAA